UGGCACGUGACUUCCCCAGAAAUGUCCGCUUCCAAGUCUCUCCGGUCAUCUAUCUCGCCGUUCCGGUCCCGGAAAUCCUCACUGGCUCCGACUACUAAACGCCCUCCUACUCCUCCUUCCGCCUCCUCUUCUUCUGCUUCUUCUACGCUGUUGUUUAAACCUCCUCAUCAUCCUCCUUCGGUUUCUCCUCCAACUAAGCCGACUCAGUCAACGACGACGCCGGCUCCAUCAAGCUUCAACCGUUCACCGCCGGACUCAAACAAAGCUAAAGAGAACGUCACUGUUACCGUUAGGUUCCGUCCUCUCAGUGCGAGAGAAAUUAGUAAAGGAGAUGAAGUAGCUUGGUAUGCUGAUGGAGAUUGUACAGUUCGGAAUGAGUACAGUCCCUCGAUUGCCUAUGGUUUUGAUAGAGUUUUUGGUCCGGCUACUACUACUCGGAAUGUAUAUGAUGUUGCUGCUCAGCAUGUUGUAAGUGGAGCUAUGGAAGGGGUAAAUGGUACAGUAUUUGCGUAUGGGGUUACCAGCAGUGGAAAGACUCAUACAAUGCAUGGGGAGCAAAAGUCACCGGGGAUAAUUCCUUUGGCAGUGAAGGAUGUCUUUGGAAUUAUUCAAGAGACACCAGGGCGAGAGUUUCUUCUCCGCGUUUCUUACCUAGAAAUCUAUAACGAGGUCAUCAAUGACUUACUUGAUCCAACAGGGCAGAAUUUAAGAAUAAGAGAGGAUACCCAGGGAACCUUUGUCGAGGGAAUAAAGGAAGAGGUAGUCUUGUCCCCUGCUCAUGCUCUUUCGUUGAUUGCUGCUGGAGAAGAGCACAGGCAUGUGGGCUCUAACAACUUUAAUUUACUUAGCAGCCGGAGCCACACAAUAUUCACUUUGACUAUUGAAAGCAGUCCAUGUGCAGAAAAUCAAGAGGAAAAUGUCAAAUUAUCACAAUUACACUUAAUUGACUUGGCAGGAUCUGAAAGUUCUAAAACAGAGACUACUGGUUUGAGGAGAAAAGAAGGUUCUUACAUAAACAAAAGCUUACUCACUCUUGGCACGGUCAUUUCCAAACUUACAGAUGGAAAGGCUACUCAUAUUCCCUAUCGAGAUUCAAAACUUACGCGUUUAUUGCAGUCAUCACUUAGUGGGCAUGGUCGAGUUUCUCUUAUUUGCACGGUGACACCUGCAUCUAGCAAUUCCGAAGAAACACACAAUACAUUAAAAUUUGCGCAUCGUAGUAAGCAUGUGGAGAUCAAGGCUUCUCAAAACAAGAUUAUGGAUGAGAAGUCUCUGAUUAAAAAGUAUCAGAAGGAAAUCUCCAGUUUGAAACAAGAGCUUCAGCAACUUAAGCGUGGGAUGGAGAAUAAAAGUCUGAUGGCUCCAACCCAAGAAGACCUGGUUAACUUGAAGCUACAGGUUAAGUUACAAUCAAGAUUGGAGGAGGAGGAACAAGCCAAAGCAGCAUUAAUGGGAAGGAUCCAAAGAUUAACUAAACUAAUCUUGGUUUCCACAAAAAAUACAUUGCCGACAAAUAUUCGUGAAAGACCUGGCCAUCGACGAACACAUUCUUUUGGGGAAGAUGAGCUAGCAUACCUGCCAGAUAGAAAACGGGAGUAUGUGAUUGAUGAUGAUACAAGAAGCACUGAUUCUGAAGCUUCUGCCAAUGGAAGAAGUGAUAUCACAAACAUUGAUGAAUUAGUAAAAGAUUACAAAAGAAACAGGAGAAGAGGGAUGCUUGGUUGGUUUAAAGUCAAAAAGCCAGAGAAUCUGGUUGGGCUGUCAGCAAAUGAUUUUGACAGUUCUACUAGUGGGUCACCUGCAUCCUCAUCCAGAUCAUCACAGAACAGAGUUACAUUUGGGGAUGGGGCUUCAGUUGUUGAUUCUCUUCCUGAAAGAACCCAAGCAGGUGACCUGUUCACUGCAGCUGCUGGUGGACGACAACUCCCGCCGACUGGGAACACUAUUACUGAUCAAAUGGAUCUUCUACGUGAACAAGUAAAGAUGAUAGCUGGUGAAGUGGCAUUAUGUACAAGUUCUCUGAAAAGACUAACAGAAAAAGCAGGUAAAAAUCCCGAAGAUUCGCAAGUUCAGGAACACAUGCAGAAAUUAAAGGAUGAAAUUAGAGAAAAAAAAUUUCAAAUGCGUAUUCUUGAGCAACGUAUGACUGGAUCAGUUGAAGUGAAUCCCCAUACUUCAAGCAGUAUUGAAAUGUCUCAGGCUUUGUCUAAGCUUGCCACACAGCUAAAUGAAAAAACUUUUGAACUUGAGAUUAAAUCUGCAGAUAACAGGGUACUGCAGGAGCAAUUGCAAUUGAAGAUGUCAGAGAAUGCUGAGAUGCAUGAGACCAUCCUCCUUUUAAAGCAACAGCUUGAUUCAUUAUCAACAAAUAAAAGCUCCAACUUUCCUCAACAAAGUGUUAAUGAUGAGAUUACACACGGAACUUGUUUUGAAGUGUCUACUAAAUCUAAAACUAGAUGGAAGGAUGGGUGUCAUUCAUAUGAAGAAACAACUGUUGAUGAAAAUACACCAACCAGUGUGAUUAGCUUGGACAGAGUACUUAUGUGUGAGGACUCUAAAGAGUGCAAUCAAGAAGCCUUUUUGAAUUCUCAGCUUCUAAUGCUGGCUGCUGAGCUAGAAUCACUGAAGCAAGAGAAGGUGAAAAUUAUUGAAGAGAAGGAUGGGCUUGAAGUUCAUAAUCAAAAGCUAGCUGAGGAAGCUUCUUAUGCGAAGGAACUGGCUGCAGCUGCAGCAGUUGAGCUCCGAAACUUGGCUGAAGAAGUUACAAAGUUAUCCUAUGAAAAUGCCAAUUUGACUGCUAUUCUGUCUGCUGCUAGAGAGACUUGUAAUGCUAACUGCUGUCAGAGGUCUGCUUCUGUUGACUUCAAGCUAAGUGGUGGUAGUAGUACUCAACCUGAUACAAAUUCAAGAAAGCCAGAUGACAGCUUUCUUGUCAAGGAAUUACAGCAAGAACUCAAUGCAAGACACCAAAGAGAAGCUUCUUUGGUAGCAGCAUUGACUGAGAGAGACAAAAUAGAAAAUGAACUGCGAAAACGAGUUGACGAUGCCAAGCGACGUGAGAAGGAUCUUGAGAAUGAGCUUGCCAAUAUGUGGGUCUUAGUUGCAAAGAUGCGGAAGUCAGGUACUGAUACCGAGGAUACAUUGUUGAAAGAUGAAAGAAUGACUACAAAUGGAACUUCUUUAUCAAUUGGCCACAAGGAGCAAAAGUUUGAGGAAAAUGACAGAAAUGAAGACAGUGAAGAAGCAAGUAGGUUUGAAGAAUUAAAAGCUUGUUAUGAUACGGAGAGGAAGAGGUGCAAGGAACUAGAGAGUUUGGUUUCAAGGUUGAAGGGUGAUGAUAUUGGUGGCUUGGAUCUCAAUACCCUUGAAGAAAUGCAGAGCCUUCACGUCGAAGCUAUCACGAAGAUUUGCCAUGCAAAGUAUAUAAAUCACAUUUCAUCGUAGCCUUUUACAGAUGAGUUUUCUUCAGUUCGGGUACUAGACAAACAUCUAUAUUCGAACCUUGAUGAAAAGCAACAGUAGGUGUUUGUACCUCAGUCAUCA